CGGCGCGCGGGCCGGGUAGGGCGGGGCCGAGCGAGGCGGGGCGCGCGCUUCGGCCGUUGAGGGACCGUUGGGGCGGGAGGCGGCGGCGGCGGCGGCGCGCGCUGCGGGCAGUGAGUGUGGAGGCGCGGACGCGCGGCGGAGCUGGAACUGCUGCAGCUGCUGCCGCCGCCGGAGGAACCUUGAUCCCCGUGCUCCGGACACCCCGGGCCUCGCCAUGGCUGACCAGCUGACUGAGGAGCAGAUUGCAGAGUUCAAGGAGGCCUUCUCCCUCUUUGACAAGGAUGGAGAUGGCACUAUCACCACCAAGGAGUUGGGGACAGUGAUGAGAUCCCUGGGACAGAACCCCACUGAAGCAGAGCUGCAGGAUAUGAUCAAUGAGGUGGAUGCAGAUGGGAAUGGGACCAUUGACUUCCCGGAGUUCCUGACCAUGAUGGCCAGAAAGAUGAAGGACACAGACAGUGAGGAGGAGAUCCGAGAGGCGUUCCGUGUCUUUGACAAGGAUGGGAAUGGCUACAUCAGCGCCGCAGAGCUGCGUCACGUAAUGACGAACCUGGGGGAGAAGCUGACCGAUGAGGAGGUGGAUGAGAUGAUCAGGGAGGCUGACAUCGAUGGAGAUGGCCAGGUCAAUUAUGAAGAGUUUGUACAGAUGAUGACUGCAAAGUGAAGGCCCCCCGGGCAGCUGGCGAUGCCCGUUCUCUUGAUCUCUCUCUUCUCGCGCGCGCACUCUCUCUUCAACACUCCCCUGCGUACCCCGGUUCUAGCAAACACCAAUUGAUUGACUGAUAAUCUGAUAAAGCAACAAAAGAUUUGUCCCAAGCUGCAUGAUUGCUCUUUCUCCUUCUUCCCUGAGUCUCUCUCCAUGCCCCUCAUCUCUUCCUUUUGCCCUCGCCUCUUCCAUCCAUGUCUUCCAAGGCCUGAUGCAUUCAUAAGAUGAAGCCCUCCCCAGAUCCCCUUGGGGAGCCUCUGCCCUCCUCCAGCCCGGGUGGCUCUCCUCCAUUUUGGUUUUUUUCCUCUUGUUUGUCAUCUUAUUUUGGGUGCUGGGGUGGCUGCCAGCCCUGUCCCGGGACCUGCUGGGAGGGACAAGAGGCCCUCCCCCAGGCAGAAGAGCAUGCCCUUUGCCGUUGCAUGCAACCAGCCCUGUGAUUCCAUGUGCAGAUCCCAGCAGCCUGUUGGGGCAGGGGUGCCAAGAGAGGCAUUCCAGAAGGACUGAGGGGGUGUUGAGGAAUUGUGGUGUUGACUGGAUGUGGCCCAGGAGGGGGUCGAGGGGGCCGACUCACAGAAGGGGACUGACAGUGGGCAACACUCACAUCCCACUGGCUGCUGUUCUGAAACCAUCUGAUUGGCUUUCUGAGGUUUGGCUGGGUGGGGACUGCUCAUUUGGCCACUCUGCAAAUUGGACUUGCCCGCGUUCCUGAAGCGCUCUCGAGCUGUUCUGUAAAUACCUGGUGCUAACAUCCCAUGCCGCUCCCUCCUCACGAUGCACCCACCGCCCUGAGGGCCCGUCCUAGGAAUGGAUGUGGGGAUGGUCGCUUUGUAAUGUGCUGGUUCUCUUUUUUUUUCUUUCCCCUCUAUGGCCCUUAAGACUUUCAUUUUGUUCAGAACCAUGCUGGGCUAGCUAAAGGGUGGGGAGAGGGAAGACGGGCCCCACCACGCUCUCAAGAGAACGCACCUGCAAUAAAACAGUCUUGUCGGCCAGCUGCCCAGGGGACGGCAGCUUCAGCAGCCUCUGCGUCCUGGUCCGCCAGCACCUCCCGCUUCUCCGUGGUGACUUGGCGCCGCUUCCUCACAUCUGUGCUCCGUGCCCUCUUCCUGCCUCUUCCCUCGCCCACCUGCCUGCCCCCAUACUCCCCCAGCGGAGAGCAUGAUCCGUGCCCUUGCUUCUGACUUUCGCCUCUGGGACAAGUAAGUCAAUGUGGGCAGUUCAGUCGUCUGGGUUUUUUCCCCUUUUCUGUUCAUUUCAUCUGGCUCUCCCCACCACCUCCCCACCCCACCCCCCACCCCCUGCUUCCCCUCACUGCCCAGGUCGAUCAAGUGGCUUUUCCUGGGACCUGCCCAGCUUUGAGAAUCUCUUCUCAUCCACCCUCUGGCACCCAGCCUCUGAGGGAAGGAGGGAUGGGGCAUAGUGGGAGACCCAGCCAAGAGCUGAGGGUAAGGGCAGGUAGGCGUGAGGCUGUGGACAUUUUCGGAAUGUUUUGGUUUUGUUUUUUUUAAACCGGGCAAUAUUGUGUUCAGUUCAAGCUGUGAAGAAAAAUAUAUAUCAAUGUUUUCCAAUAAAAUACAGUGACUACCUGA